AUGAUGGACUGUACAUUGAAAUUGAUAUGUGGACGUGACCUUUCUGUUCAAGACCUCAUGUCCUCUGACCCAUUCGUUAAAUUUGAAAUCAAUGGGAAGAAAUAUAAGACGAAGGUGGACCACAUGACUGUAGAAGCCGAGUGGCUGCAAGAGUUUGAUGUCCAACUCAAAGUUGGUGAAGUGAUCACAUUCAACAUCUUUGACUAUGAUGUUAUUGGUAAAAAUGAUUCAAUGGGAAGUGCACAAUGGACUGUACCUCCAAUGUUCAAUGGUGAUACGCAGUAUUUCAUAUCAAAAGUUGACAAGAAGGGCCACAUCAUGUUUUCCGUUAAGUGCAAAGAAGGUGGAGCGCCACUUACAUUGCAACAAGUUCAGCCGUUUAAACCAACAACCCUUAAAAUCCGCGUUGUGAAUAUAGUAGGUUUGGGUUACAGUUAUUGUUCUAAAAAUGGGUUGAUGAUUGGACCAAGCUUCGAUGUAUUUAAGACUGAGUUUCGAACCAGUUGCGGGACUAUCAGAGCUGGAACAACAAAGAUAGUCAAUUUGAAUUACAGAGAUGAGUUGAUGGGUGGUGCACGAUAUUACAUAAUUCAAGCCAAAGUCGGAGAGAUCAUCGAAUUACACUCUUUCAUGAACGGCUCGAUGAAGUCAAAAGACGGUCAAGAACUCUGUGUUGGGUAUUGGAAAGUACCAGAUUACAGAGAUGGUGAGAAAGAAGAAUUUUGUAUCACAGCAGAGCCGUGCGCUCGUGUGAAAUUAGAGGUUGAGUGUAUGAGUGGAGUCUAUCAUAAUGUGCCACCCCAAAUGAUUCCUCCACCAAAGGAUUAUGCUUCUGAUUAUGCAUUCCCAUGCGAAGUAAUGGUACAGGGAGUCAAUAACAAUGGAUUUUAUAGUGGAUUUACUCCUACUAUACCAGCUAUUGGUCUUGAGACGAAUGGAAAGCUGUAUAGAACGUCGUGGGCUUUUAAAGAAAAGACUGGAAAACAUAGUUACUAUAUACCAAAGGGUUGGUUCCAAAGCUUUAUUAUUCCAUUGUAUGUUGGUCAACCCGUUACUGCCAAAUUGUAUUUCAGAGAAAUGUUCUCAAUCAAAGAAAAUGUCGUAGUUGAGACAAAGACAGUGUGGCCGGAUUUCAAAGGAAGAGAUCAGGUAGAAAUGAAAAUACCACUUGGGAAGGAAGGCGUCUUGGUUUUGCAACUCAACAGAGUCAGAGAGUUGUCAGCAACAUUUAGAAGAACGUAUAUGGGUGAACAAUUACAACAAGCACAACCACAACAACAAAUGUAUCAACAAUGCCCACAACAAUAUUCUCAACAACCACAACAAAUGCAAUACCAACAAACACCACAACAACAAACGUAUCAACAACCAAUACCUCAAUCUCAAAUGUAUCAACAAGUACCACCACCACAAAACACACAAGGCGUCCAGGACUCUACUAAACAAACAUAUCAGACUCCACAAGUCCCACCACAAGCACAGAAUCCACAACAGGAUCAAAUGUACGGAAGCGCACAACCUCAGUUAGCAACAAAUCCACAACAACCAUUUUACUCACCUUUUGCUCCAGGAGCUCCUCAACAAUACCCACCACAACCACAACAGCAAGGGUACUAUUCCCCUUUCGCUCCAGGGGCUCAACAAAUGUACCAACAACCUCCUCAACAACAACAACAAGGGUAUUAUUCUCCGUUCGCUCCGGGUGCUCAGCAACCUACCGUGCACAACCCUCCCGCGUAA